AGUCCCUUAUCUUUCGCUAUCCAGCCCUCCGAGUCAAGUAAGUUCCCCCUUCCUUCUCUUUUUUCUUUCCCGGCCAUGUCUUCGUCUAGCGAUAGGAUCUCGUCCUCAGAGGACUGCUCCUCUGAGGAUUCCAACUCAUCUUCCUCGACCGGGUCUUCUUCUCCUGAAUCUACGCCCGUCCUACCGGGCGGGGCUGGCUGCGAAGGUUUUGUAUUCUUCAAAGCCCGCACCGGUAGGAAGUUCAUUUCCGAAGUCCCCCAGAGUAACCGGGGAUGGAAGGAAAAAUUUGUUUUCAUCGAAUUUCCCCCCUUCUUCACUCCUCUGGCCGGCCUGAAGUGGAAUGAUCAUCUGCUCGACCAAGAGUACACUGCACCGGCUUCCUCCCCGGACUUGGAAGCGAAUCUUGAGGUCCUCAUCCGUGGGGAUCCUUUCACCGGGAGGACUUUCCAUUAUGGCAGCUGGGUUUGGAGGGUUGAAUCGGGUGGCGAGGGUACCUCCCAGGCCCAUGAUGCAGCGGGGCGCGGGGUACCCUCCCCGGGCAACACUGCGGAGGCUGAGGACAACUCCCACCCAGAUAUGGAGUUCGAAGAGUUCGCCAUCCCUGACGACCAACCAGCCGGGGAGACCAGGGGCUCCGAAGCCAAUCCUGCCAGGACUUUCCUGGUCAAUCCAGAGACCGUGGAAAUCCUGGAUGAAGAUGAGCCCCAAGACAACCGGUCUAAGGGGAAGGAGAAGGAGAAGGCCGGUCGCCGGGUGAAGAAGGUGGCGACCACGCACCCUUCCUACGCCAAGAAAAGGGCAAGGUCAGAUCCUGAGCCGGCCGGCCAGACUAUCGAGGAGGCCUUCAUCAAUCUGGGGCUAAGGCUAAAGGAGGCGGGGGAGAUCGGGCCGCAAACAGUGGACCGGUUGGGGAUGAGUUCCCCUUCUGAAGUCGACCGGCUGAAGAAGGAGAAGGAAGAGAUGGCACUCAUCCUGAGGAGCCAGGCUGAUGAGCUGAUCCGGCUGUUUGGGCUGGCCGGGGCAAUGAAGACUGAAAUCUCCCAACUGAAGGAGGAGAAUGGCCGGCUUCUGGACGAGGUCUCUGAAGCCAAGAGGGAAGCAGCGGAAAAGGAAGAAACCUUCCCCGAGCGCGCUGUCGCCUGGGUUGAAGAGAACAAAGCCGUUGCUGCCCGGGUGAUGACGGCGACGCCGGAGGCCGCGAUGGAGUCCUUCAGGCUUCUGUAUCGGGAGCCUGAAGGAAGGAGAAUGAUCACCGCGAUUGGAUCCUUCGGAUUCAAGAGUGGACAAAAGAAAGACCGGAUCGCCUCUCACCGGGCACUGCUUAGAAGAGACCCAAGCUUCAGCGCGACAUCUUACGGCCUGGCUCCAAUCCUUGAAGAAGAGCCCAUUCCCCCUUUCCCCUUAGAUUAGGAUCUCCCCGGCCUAGACCGGUUGUUCUUUGUAAAACUUCAAACUCAUUCUCCCGGGAAUGCCCGGUGUAACUGUAAAACAUUUAACAUUCUUAUUUCGUUUGAAUGCCAUGUUUUCUCUUCAUACCGGUUAAUCUUCCACGUCUGAUUGUUUGAUUUAUUUUUUUGAUCUUGCUCCUUAGAAUACCAUCAUAGAAAUUCUGACCGGUACAUAAAUCAGGCCACUUCCC